CGUCAAAUGAGGUAAGAUGGCGGUCAUAAUAAAAGUUUGUGUUUGUUACAUCUGUGUCUAACGCUCAAGUUUUGUUGUUUUUUGUGUGUGAAAAUGUGCAAAAAAAUUCGUGUAAAAAUUGCCUGAGCUUUGUCCUGCACUAUGCACGGAAACGUACACCACUGACAUGCAGAUAUCGGAGGCGGCCGGGGGCGCUCCGGCGCCGGGGGUGGAGCCUUGCCGUUUUCCCAAACUGGAAGAAUGCGCCCAUUUCCACUACGAAAGGGUGCAAUUACCGAAAUUAAUCAUCACAUUGCAGACGAAUAUUGACCAAUCGCUGCAUUCGCAACACAGUAAUGAGGACGAUACGGAAUGGUACAUGGUACAAGUGACGUCCGGAGAUGAGUGUUGGUUGUUACAGAGGAAUUUGGAUAAUUUCAAAAUGCUGGACGAUCAGCUACAUCAGUGCAUCUAUGACCGGAAAAUUUUCCAAUUACCGGAUUUAUCAAACGAAAGUCCGGAUGAUGAGGAGCUUGAAAUGAAACUUAAAGCCUACUUGGAGCGCUUCAGCGAAAUUGUCGAUAAUUCAGUAAACUGCGGCCCGGUUUUAAAUUGGCUGCAGAUGGACAACAAGGGCCAUCGCCUACUUGUCCCAAGCGAAGAAAGUCGCUCCAUUAAUACCCCAGCGGUGGCGGCGGCCUAUAGUGUCCGGCGAUAUGUUUCACAGGCCCGUGACGAGCUUAAUCUCGAAGUGGGGGACAUGAUCUCUGUUAUCGACAUGGCCGCUCCUGGUGAGUCUAUGUGGUGGCGUGGAAAACGGGGUUUCCAAGUCGGGUUCUUCCCCCAAUAUUGCGUUCAUAUAAUCGGCGAUAAAGUCCCGAGGAAUAUGCCUCUACCGCCUCCUGUGGUCGGCUCGUUGGCUCUUACGCCGAUCAAGCCCGUUUUGAGGAAACACGGGAAACUCAUUACGUUUUUCCGGAGUUUUAUCCUGAAUCGUCCCUCGAGGAGGAGGUUGAAACAAUCGGGGAUUUUGAAGGAGAGGGUUUUUGGGUGUGAUUUGGGGGAGCAUCUGUUGAAUUCAGGACAUGAUAUACCGAUGGUGUUGAAGUGUUGUGCGGAGUUUAUUGAGAAGCAUGGGAUUGUUGAUGGGAUUUAUAGACUCUCGGGGGUCACAUCGAAUAUACAGAAGUUGAGAAAUGCUUUUGAUGAGGAUAGGAUACCGAAUUUGUAUACGGAGGAUAUCUUGCAGGAUAUACACUCGGUGGCCAGUCUGCUAAAGAUGUAUUUCAGGGAGCUCCCGAACCCCCUAUGCACCUACCAGCUGUACCAGAGCUUCGUCAACGCGGUCCAGGGCUGCAAUUCGGGUGUGCGAAACUCCGAAAGUGACCACGACCGCCUCCUCAAGAUGCGUGAAUCAGUUCAGAAACUCCCACCGCCCCAUUACCGCACCCUCGAAUAUCUGAUGCGACAUUUGGCCAAUGUGGCCAAACAUGGCGUCAGUACAGGAAUGACCACUCGAAACGUGGCCAUAGUUUGGGCCCCAAAUCUAUUACGUUGUGCCGAAUUAGAAGUCGGUGGUGUUGCCGCCCUUCAAGGGGUCGGUGUCCAAGCCGUCGUCACCGAAUUUCUCAUUUGCUACGCACACUUGAUCUUCUGCGAUCAUCUCCCGAAUCUUGAUUUGCCAACAGAAAACGAGUCGAAUUUCUCGCCAAAAAAAUCUCGACCGAAAAGUCUCGCCAUUUCGACGCCUACUAAACUCAUCACAUUGGAGGAAGCUCGAACUAAACGUUUAUUGAACAAAAACGAAGAUUGCAAUUAUAUUGAAGUUGGUGGAGGGCCGAAAAAUUUACCGAAAAAAUAUCACACUGUGAUUGAAUUACCGUCAGGGGGGAGGAAAAGAGGACACAAAAGGUCGCCGCUCGGUUGGAGGUCGCUGUUUUCCAAAGCGAAAAAUAACUCACAAGGGAAUCUCAGUAAGCCGCGAAAGGCCUCAACACCGGGGAUUAUAGUCGCAGAUAAGUCAGUCACUGAAUCAGACUUGACUGACAUGAAACGGAAGUUGAGGUCGGUCAAGUCGGCCGAAAGUCUCACUUCCGGUCAUUCGGAACCGACCGGAAACGAAAUCGACGGUUUAGGACCACUGUAUUCGUUAAACAAGCCUCCAGGCCAUAAUAGGUCCGUUUCGCACGACUCCUAUUUCGACACCCUCCAAAACUCCCAAAACAAUUCGGAAGGUUCCCUCCUCGACCUCAGCGAGAUUCAACUCAACUUCGAGCUUGAGGAGUCAGAAAUGCGGAUUUUCUCCGAAGACGAAAGUCUAGUCAGUUCUCCUCGAAUCCAAAAGGAUGGUUAUCGACGCAUCCUGACCCGUGCUCGACCUGAGGACUUUAGCAGUGCUACCAACUCCGGUAAUCCAUCACCGAAAAAACAAGCACGAGUCGUACUUUCGCCAGAUUCAAUGUCUCGGAAACGCACCCGACUCGAAGACCAAUUAUCCGACAUACAAUAUAUCGAUUGUACCACUCCUGAUAACAUGGUUUGUACCAUGGCCGUGGUACAUACAAUACCACAAGUCGAAACGGUACCAGAUUCGUACCAACCGAAAAAUAAAUCACCAAGAAAUUCAGAUCAUUUGGAUAAAAGACAGUCAUUGAAUUUGGAGCGGGAAACGGGGGGGAAACAAGCGAUAACUAAGUCAUACACCGAGGUGGAUAUUGGGAGGAAGUGGGAGGGGUCUAGUCUAGUUGCCACACCUACCCCCCAAAGUCCGGGGUAUAGACAGUUGGGGGAGUCAAGUACGAACACAACCCCCGAUUAUAGCCCCACUGAAAUUGUUUACGAGAAUUUAAACAACGAGAAGAAAAACAACUAUGAGAAUAUUUUAACCACGAUUAGUAUUACGUAUAAGUCACCCCCUAGAAGCAUCGAAGCGAGUCCAAUUAAAAUAAACGCUGAUUCGGUCUACGAAAAUGUCAUAGUCAACGUUGAAAAAGCAAUGGUACCGACCUCGACCGCCUCCCUUCCUAGUCAAGAAGCCACUCAACCGGUCGAAAAAUCCGACCGUCCGAAAAGUAUGAGCGCAUUGGACGACACCAGUACCGAUGUCACCUUAAAACCCAAUCUCAGUUCGAGCGCCAUCUGCGAUACCAGCGAACAAAUCUCAUUGGUUAGUUUCACCGAUUCGAACCAAUCGUCGCGUUCCAACGUCCAGUAUACGCCCAGUUUGAGUUCAGGGGGUGGAGCCGCCGUCUAUCACGUGAUGGAGAAUUCGGACCGGAUAAGUUUGACCGAUUUGAGUUUGAGUGAAGUGGUACACAGUUCGACUGAAAAUCUGAGUUCGGCCAGUUUUCCACUCAGUUAUUCGAAAAAUUCCACGCCAAAUGUCAGUCCAAGUGUGUUCGAAGAUGAAGAAAAGACUGAAGAUUUGAUCGAAUUUAGUCCAACAGACAAAAGAAAAUCGCCAGAGAGUGAAACAAUUGAUAGUUCGGUCUAUCAACAAGUCAAGUUUUUCCGAAGGUCGAUACAUGAAGUCAACACUUUGUUAGAGUUGGAUGAGAAGAAGAAGGAUGAAGAAGAAAAUUAUGAUUCACUCGAGUCGGACCAAUUACACGUCUAUGAGAAUGUCAAAGGUGAAGAAAUGAAGAAUGAGGAGGAAGAAGCAAUUGAAAAAAUAUGUGUUAAAGAUCUGACAAGUCGUUUUGAAGAUAAAAACGAAGAAAAAAAGGAAAAUAGUACAAAUUUACGAGUGAAAAAAUUCUACGAAAAAGACAGCCUUCCGCCAUGUUUGAGGGCGAGAAAUUUAAAAAAUCAGUUAAAAACCCGAUCUCUAGACGAAGAAGAAUUUCAAAAGGAAUUUGGAAACGGAGUUGCGGGACAACGAAGAAAAUCAAUGGAUGAAGGUUUGGGCUACAAGACGAACUCCUUGCCCAAAACCUUGAACCCACCCAAAGUCAUCCCAAUGGACGAUGUCGGAAAAUUAGAUUCGAUCCAUUUAGCCCACAGUACCGAAAAUUUAACCGCAGAAGAAGAACUGAAGAAGAGGGAAAGAAUCGAGAAAUAUAAAGAAGAACGAAGAAAAUAUCUCCAUGACAAAUACAGGUCCGAAUCGUUUAAGGAAGAUAAGGACGUCCUACUCUCAAAAUUGAAAAUAUAUAAAAACAAAGACGUAUGCGUGCCCGAGGAGCCCGAAUUGGUGCCCCGAAGUCGCCGAAAAAGCUCAACGAGCAUCGACGAGGAAGAAAAAAGUACCUGCAAGCCGAAAUCGGACAGUUUGAAAUCGCGAGCUGCCGUCUUCGAACAAGUCAACCAAAGACUAACCGAUUUUAAUAAAAACAACAACCGAGCCGAAAUUCAAGUGAAUAGAGUACAAGAGUGUAAGAGUAACUUUGAGGAUUUCGUGAGGAAGAAAGACGACGAUUUGAAGUACGAGAGGAGGAGACAUACGUUUGAGAAUCGCGAGAGAGAGGGCGAUGAGAGAUUGAGGAGAGUUAGUUUGGAGAGUCCGAGGAAAGAGAAGACGGCGCCGACGUACUGUAUCAAAGACAUGAAAGCAAUUUUCGAAUCAAAGUCGAAACAAUAAUCAAUUUUGUUGUAAGGAUGAAAGUGUUUUUAUUUUUUUAUGGUGAGGAUUUUACACCAUCGUAUUUUGUUUUUGUUUUUCUCUGAUAGGAGAAGUGAAAAGAACUGGUAUUUAUUUUUAUAUGAAUGGUUGCACAGCUGGAUAAUUAAGUUUUUUUUAUUAUUAUUAGUCGUUAUUUUGAUAUUAAUCAAAUGUGAUAACCAAUUUCAACGUUUUGUUAAGGAAAAGAUUCUUAGUAUGUAAGGCCUAAACGCGUACUUUUUAUAAGUCUUUCGCUCUUCAACAAUUUGCCAAAAACUCUGUUUUCAAGAAAUUUUGAUGUUGCAUAAUUAGUAGACUGACCAAAUAUAAGAGUCAUAAUAUAUUUAAAAAGAAACAAAGAACAACAAAUAGGUUUAAUAGACAAUAAUUGAAUUUUUACAGUAUUGCACCAUCUCCAAUUAUUUAUUUACAUUGUAAUAUCAUGUACAUAGUGUAACUAUGCUUGACAUGCGAAUAUUUCAAAUUAUGUUAAAUAAAUUACAUAUUAUUAUU